GUAAGCGGUUUGUUGUAGUCGUCCUCCCGAAAAGGCUUGGUUCUCAAUGCAGUUAACAUUGACUUUAUCUCUCGCUCUCCACCAAGUAUUUUUCCAAUUAGUUUACAUUUAGCAAUCAAGACGUGUAACUUAUGCACUUAAAGAAUGAAAUUCAAAAAUCUUCGAUUUAAUCAAAUUGCAGUUAUUAGCAGCAUUGUUGUAUGUGUAGUACUAUUUUAUUUGCCGGCAUUUAAGAAAUACCGUCUGAGUGUACGCGAAAAUGAACAUUUGAAGAACUUGCAAAUUAAAGAGGACUCCAAGGAAAUGCCGAAUAGCUGACGUCCACGCUUCGGAUAUUGAUGCAUAAUAUAAGCCUUAUUUACAUUAACUUAUCUAUUUAUUUUGGCUAGCUGGAAAGAAAGUGUGUUAAUGUGAAAAUGGCUCCAUGCAAAAAAUUAAAGAUUGAUGACGAUAUUACUACUUCCCCACCUCCCAGUCAAGGACUGGCCGAAGACCAGCCAAUGCCAGAAUGUCCCCAACGCCGUCGCAGUGCACGUUUACAGCUGUUAGCCAAAUCUCGGAGCUUGUAUGAAAUGCAGCUGCCCUUACCUGAUGACUACCUUGCAGAAUUAUCUUUGGAGAUUAUCUGCCGUAUUUUGGAUUAUUUACCACUCCGUGAUGUUCUUAAAAUGGAAUGCCUUAGCAAGAAAAUCAAACAGGCCGUUGAUCUUCAUCUCCGCCUGCGACGAGUGGUUGACUUCACAGAAGGUAGUAUAUAUGGCUGGAUGUCAGAUAAAAUACAUGACUCAACUCUUGCUCACUUAAUCGGACGGUGUACAGAACUGGAAUACAUCUAUGGCUUCCACCCUCAUUACAUCGGCCAGCGGAGACAGCGAGGAGUUAAUAUGUUAAGUAUACCUGGUGUCGUUCAUGCCAUGUCAUCAGCUCCGAAACUGAAAGGGAUCGAAAUUUCAGAUAUUUUCUUGUUGGAAGCUAUUUUGAAAUACCUCCCCAAGCUUGAAAUUUUGGGCACAUUUAAGAACCGUGACUGUUUCUUCCCAAUCUUCUGCAACAACAAACUGUCCCUUCUUUCAAAUCCUUUGAUUACAUCCUUGCACCUCACUGGGGUUGUCAUACCUGAAUUACCUCGUAUGCAAACUUUGAAGCACCUGUAUCUACGAUUUGUACGGCUCACUCAACACCAGCCAUUUCGUGACUUUGCUGCUCCCUCCCUGCGGACUUUUGUUAUGGCCCAUUGUGCCGGACCUAUCAACCCUCUAAGGCAUGUCCCGCUGAUCACAUCUUUGGCUAUGGCAAAGUCACUUCAACGUUUGGAGCUACUCAGGGUGCCAUUUCUAGGUGGACUAAUUCAACACAUUGUGGAUGACAGUUGGCGUGUACAGGGCUUUCGAAACCUGCAGGCUAUUACAUUUGGUGCCUGUAAACAUGCUUUGGAAGUGGAUCUUGGUUUUCUAAUUAUUACCUGUGAAGCAAAACUAACCGAUCUCUGUGUGCAGCCAUCUCUAACAAAGGACAACCUCUUCUCUGCCCUCACUAUGGCUGAAGUUACAUUCCCAAAUUUCAAGUCUUUAACUUUAGGUUUUGUAGACUCUUUCCCUGAACCAGGUAAAUGGACUGCUGAAGAACUUCUAACAGAAGGUCUGGUUGAAGUACAAGAAAAUCCAGCUAUGAUCACAGAUAUUGGGAUGAAGGCAGUGGGACGUUGUUUUCCAUCUGUUAGCCAUAUGGAAAUCUAUAAUUGUCCUCAUCUUCAUUACCCAACUUCUUGGUUUCAUCCAGAUACCAAUUGCUGGUCAAACUUGAAAAAUUUACAUCUCAGAAGAUGCCAUGCAAUACGGCUUGAAGAUUUAAAUGCAUUUAUACCAAUGCUUCCAUCUUUGUUGUCCCUACAUUUAGAAUUUAUGCUGAGAGAACCACCAAAAGGCUGUGCAAGAGUUGGCCUUAGUGCCGGGACUGGGCUUGGAGUUUCAUCUGCUCUUGUACAGAAUAAUGGAGCCGAUGCCCAUAACCAACCAAAUGCUGCAGGUGCUGGGGCUGCAAAUAAUCAAGGGGACCAACCUCCAGCUCAAGCUGCUCCUGUGCCUCCAGCAGCAGCAGCACCUGCAGAAGCAGAACCUCAACACAACAAUGCAGAAGCUGAAGCAGCAGCAUACCCUCCCCCUCCUCCUCAAAUGUCACCUCCUCCAUUGCCACCUUCACCCCCACCGUUGCCACCUUCACCGGAACAACCUCCACCACCCUUACCACCACCUCCUGACCAACUUGCACCAUUGGCAACAUCAGCACAACCAUUGUCACCACCGCUAUUGCCUGAACACUCAACUUCACAGUCACCACUCCCACUCUCUCGAGAUUCUUCCCCCCAUCAAUCACCUGUACAUUGUUCGUCACAUCCCAUCUCCACUUGUCAGUGUUCUACACCUUCAACCAGUCAGAACUGUGUAGCACCAUCUCAGCAGGAUUACGCCACCAAUGUUGCCGGUAACAGUUCUGAUUCAGUUCCAAAACAGAGUGGGAAGAAAAAUAGUCUUCUACGUAGUAAAGAAAAUUCUAGCAGCGGUCAGAAAUCAUGUGAAAUCAAUGAUAAGAAAAGUCAAGAUGGUGAGUCAUCUUCUGAAGAUGGGCAGAGAAUUGAACCUGGGGACAGCAGUUCAAACAGACAUGUGCCUAACCAACUGGCUAUGGGUAAUAAUCACAAUUAUCUGACAGAGCAGAACAACUUGUACUCAGCUGUUAAGGCUGGUCCCUCAGGACUUAAUCAUACUUGUUGUUGUACCUCUGUCAUUGCAAACAAACGGGUCAACCAUCAUUUUGGUCAUAAAAACACCAAAGUGACAAAGUGUUCUGCAGAGAAGACUAGUAAGCGUACCACGAAAUCUGACCUGCACUCCAAAGGAGCAUACACCUGCUACACUCCUUCAGUUCGUGUUAUCUCCACAGAUACAUCAUCUGCUCAGCCCUCAACAAGUGGCUUGAAUAUCUGCAAGUCUGACUUUGUAAACAACGCUAGCAUUCCAUCUGUUGGAAGUGGAUCCUCAGCCUCGAAACAAUGCACCCACAGUGGUGGCAGCAGCAGCAACAGUAGUAGUAAUAGUUGUAGUAGCAAGGGGAAAGAUGGAAUAGGUGGCCAUUGUAGUAGUAGUUGUAGUAGCAGUAGUAAUGAAAACAAUAGUAUUGGUGAUGAUUGUUGUAGUAGUAGUAGUAGUCGUAGUAAUGUUCGAAAUUGUUGUAAUAAUGUCAGUGAUGUUAGGAGUCACAACAGUGCCAAUCAGUGGUUACAAGGGAAACACAAGAAAAACUUAAUGAAUAUGGCUCAAAGGAAAAGGAUGAGAGAGCUGGAUGAUUGCUGUCCUUCAUCGGCAGGAGGAGAAACGGAAGGAGAAUGUGCCAAGUCACGUUCAUCUAACAAAGCCUUUUCAGAAAAAUUGUCAGCCUCCUCUGCAAUUUCUGGAGGAGAGUGCAGCUCAAGCACUACCACCAGCCACAUGCACAGGUGUAACGGAUCCUCAUCCGGUAAGAAAUAUUUUCAUAAGUUCCUUUACAAAAAAGACAAACAUUCUGCAAAUGCAAAAUCCUCUGAAAGUUGUUCUCCUGUCUCUGAACCUCAGCCUUCUACAUCGUCAUCGACAUCUUCAGACAUGGUGUUCGAUGUGGCGCCACCAACCUGUGAUAAAUCAGCUGAUGUCCCACCAGCAAUAGGGGAUAAUAUGCAAUCUUCUGCUGAUACCGAUGCCUUAGUCAGCGGAAACCAUAGCGACAGUAGUAAGUGCUGUACAUUCAAUGAAAACAACCUGCCUUCGAGUUCUUGCAUCUCUCAUUCUGCUGAAGCUCGCUUAGAAGUAAAAUGUGAGGGAAAUGGGAUUCCGACCGUGUCGACAAUGUCACCGAAAGGGAAGUGCCUUCGGAGUGGUUUCAGAACAGUCCUGAAGAGCAGUGCCAAGACAACAACUAAGUCCAAAAAAGGCUGUGAUAGUUCACCCUUACCAUUGCUUUCAUCUUCAUUACCUUCCGCUUCCUCCUCUUCAUCAUCAUCACCAUCAUCGUCAUCAUCAUCAUUUUCUGGCAGUGGCCCUGUCAAAAUGAACCAGUCUUGCCAAGCUGUCAGCGAAGAAAUUCGAGAGACUACAAAGAAAGCAAAAGAGAAUGAGGAUGCCACUAAGUCAGCCUCACAUUCAGCUGAGAAUGCCAGUGGAAGUGAGAGAACAUCAUCAUCAUCGUCGUCAUCAUCAUCCUCAUCGGCAGCAGCAACUAGUAGCAACAAUUCUCAAAAUACCGGUAGCAGCAGCAGCAGCAGAAGCAGUGGUUCUGCUCGUACUGCAUCAUCAUCGUCGUCGUCGUCAUCCACUUCAAAUUCAGUGCAGUCAGGAUGGACUGCUAGAUCAGGUCCGAAGUACAGCUAUACGCGUAAGUCAGUCAAACGUAAAAUGAACACCUGUGACCAAGCUACCAGCACCAGUGAUCCUGUACAGGAAGAAGAUCACAUUCAGGUACUUGGAGUUCAGUCCAAGACUCUGACAACCCUGACAUUGCAUAUGGUUGGAAUAACAAAUCUCUGCCUUCUUGACUGUCCAAAUCUGGCUACCGUCUCGUGUAGUGCAUGUCGUGUGUUGAAGAAGAUCUCCAUUGGGAAGUGUCCCAAGUUGUCCAGGAUAUCUUUUGCACAGUGCAAAAAACUGUUGGAAGACCAGGUUAUCAAAGAGCUUUCUCCAUUGCCUUCUGAUAUAUCACGAGUUUUGUUUCUCAGACCAAUGCAUCAGCUACAGAUUCCCAUGACAUCGUUGUUUGGUCAAGAAGAUCAUUCUAGUGGCUACCACUGUCUGGUUAAAGACCAUUGCAAGCAGCCUUCUAUGAUGGUGCUGAAUAGAAAACGUGCAGAGAUUUUGGUAGAUUUACUUCCUAGUAUUAACAGCUGCCUGAGAGAAAUUUUAAAAACUCAUGAAAAUGUAGUGGUUCCAUUGGAAGAAAAAUGUCCAAGAUCCAUUCACAAUUUUGAGGAAAUCAAUGAAGAUGGAAGUAUAUUAGAAGUAAAAACAGACAUUCCAUGGUUGAAGUUCUUUUUGCAAAAUUAUUCUGACCAAAAGGAAAAGGACAUGCUGCCAAAUACUCCUGUCGGUCGAGAGCUUGCAUCAGAGCGUCUACGACAGUUGGGAGUAAGUUUUAUCAAAGAAGGCAUCCAGGGCGAUUAUUGGUCUGACAGUGUAUUUCUCGUGUAUAUAAACAUGUGUGACAUCUCUGGCCUUCCAACUCCAGACCUUUAUGUAUGAACUAAUUUUGCCAGUGUGGGCUUGUACGAGGGAUUUAGAAAUAUUUUUCUCUUCCUCUCUCUCUCUCUCUAUCUCUUUCUCUAUCUCUCUCUCUCUUUCUCUCUCUCUCUCUCUCUCUCUCUCACACACAUACACACACUUGUGUAUAUAUGUUAUUAAAAUAAUUGUAUGUGUAUGAAAAAAAUAACAUCAGAAGAAAAAAAAUGUAAGACAAAAUAGUUAAUGUGUAAAGACACUUCCUCAGUAUAUUUUGUAUCACUUGAAAUGUUUUAUCUACAAUUAACAUUUUAGUGAAAUUAUCUAUUGAAAAAUUACCUGUUAUUGACAAUAUAGAUUUCAGUUUUAGAUUUUCUUUUUUUCCUCUUCCCAAACCUAAACUCUUACCAAAAAAAAAAAAGUAACUUAACCCUUUCAUUUCUAUAUUUCUAACUAAAAUACCCCACUAUGUGUUUCUAUUAAAUUCUACAGUAAUCGUGAGUUUAGAUGGCUUUCGUAAAAGAACUAUAACUUUUAUAUUUAUUAAAAUAUUAAAAUGCUAUUUCGAACACAACUUAACAGAAAGUUUUUAUGUAUAUUUGUUACAGAAUUUUGUCUACCUUUAUAAAAUGAGCUAUUAGCCAAUAUUAUGUUAACAACCAGUUAGACGUUGCUCUCCCCUUUCAGCUUUGGGUGCCCAUUUGGUCUUCGUGACCAGUAGGCCUCAGCAAAUAUACAUAUAUAUAUAUAUAAGGGUAAAGACCCCUUCAGUUAUUAAUGACCAUGGGGUUGCACCUAAGAAGUUACCCUCUGAAGCACAAAUCUGAGCAAGGUUGUUUAUGGAAGACCAGCAGUCUAUGCCUACCAGCCUCCCCUCUCCACGCCACCGAUGUUAUCCAAGGGAAAGGCAAAGGUCGAUACAGCUUAGCACCAGUGACAUCGCAACUCGUUUCUACAGCUGAGUGAACAAUGUGAAAUAAAGUGUCUAGCUGAAGAAAACAACACACAACGCAGUCCAGGAAUCGAAGCCACUACCUCAUGAUUGUGAGCUUGACACUUUAACCACUGAACCAUGCGCUUUCAAGGAUAUAUGUAUAUAUAUAUAUAUAUAUAUAUAUAUAUAUAUGCGCACGUGCACACACACUUUUAUUCUUUUACUUGCUUCAGUCAUUUCACUGCAGCCAUGCUGGAGCACCACCUUAAGGGGUUUUAGUCAAACAAAUUGACCCCAGGACUUAUUCUCUGUAAGCCCAGUACUUAUUCUAUUGGUUCUUUUUUGCUGAACCACUAAGUUACAGGGACAUAAACACACCAACAUCAGUUGUAAAACAAUGGAUGAGGGGAACAAACACACCAAUAUAUUGAACAUGUGUGUAUAUAUAUAUAUAUAUAUAUAUAUAUAUAUACACACGCACACACACGAUGGGCUUCUCUCAGUUUCUGUCUACCAAUCCACUAUCAUGGCUUUGGUCAGUCCGAGGCUAUAGUAGAAGAUACUUGCCCAAGGUGCCACGCAGUGGGACUGAACCUGGAACCAUGUGGGUGGAAAGCAAGCUUCUUCCCACACAUGUGUGCUAGUAUGGAUGUUACUGAAUGUGUAGGUUUAUGUUUGACUUUAUAAAUGUAAAUAUAGUUUUGUUUGUUUCUUUGUUUGUAUGCAUGCAUGUAUGUAUAUACAUGCAUACCUCUGGGUGCUACAGUUGUAUCUUGGCUUAAUUUCACUGAUCCAACAGGAACAGCUAAUGAAAAUUAUGGUUUAGGAAUCAUUAGAGGAGUUUGGGUUCUACUGUACCAUGCUGACCCCUUGUAUGUCGGCACAAAUUGAUCCAUAGCUUCAAAGCAGUCAUAUUUCCAAAAGACAGAAAGUUUCUGCCCACAACCAGGGAUGUUGGCCAACUACAACUGGCAAUAUAGGUUUAUUAUAGCAUACUAGAUGCUUAUCAUCAUCAUCAUCAUCGUUUAACGUCCGCUUUCCAUGCUAGCAUGGGUUGGACGAUUUGACUGAGGACUGGCAAGCCAGAAGGCUGCACCAGGCUCCAAUCUGAUCUGGCAGAGUUUCGACAGCUGGAUGCCCUUCCUAACGCCAACCACUCCGAGAAUGUAGUGGGUACUUUUACGUGCUUAAUAUAUAUAUUUUUUUUAUUUGUUGCAUUUGAAAAUUGCUAUUACUAAAUCUGAAGCAUAUAUGAUUUUAAAAGACUAGAACGUUAUAAUAAUAAUAAAGAAGAAAAAGACUGAUUUGGCAAAAAUGUCCUCAAAGUGCAGAAAAUACAAAAUUCGUGUCAUAAAAAUGUCAGUUGGUGUACAGCAAAUGUUUGUCUAGUGAAACUAC